AUGGAAAUCAUAGGAAAUUAUGGAAAAGCGUCCAGACAUGAGGUUAACUUGGAGAAGUCGUCUAUCAUGUUUGGAAAAAACGUCCCGGAGGACUUAAGACCCCAAUUAAAGUCUGUCAUCGAUAUUUCAAAAGAAGGCGGUAUGGGUUCUUAUUUGGGUAUUCCUGAAAGCCUUCAAGGUUCGCGAACUAAGGUUUUUAGUUAUGUUAAUGAUCAGUUAGAUGAUCGUGUGGAUGGUUGGUCGGUGAAAUAUUUAUCGAAAGGCGGCAAGAAAAUCAUGAUCAAGUCAGCUGCGUUGGCUCUCCCAACUUAUGUUAUGUCCUGCUUUAAAUUGCCACAGGAAUUGACGUCUAAAUUAACAAGUGCUAUUUCAAGAUCUUGGUGGCGGUCUAACGACAAAGCUCGUGGUUUGCACUGGGUUGCUUGGGAUAAAAUGUGUGAUGAUAAAUGCGAAGGCAGUUUGGGUUUUUGA